CAGCCUGGGCUCCUUUUGGACUCACUCUGACUCAAGUGAAGAAAAACAAGAUCCUACAUUUUUAAUAAAAGGUUUAUAGUAUUUUAAAAAGCAUAUAAACCUCUGUAAUACAGAAGUUAAUGUUUUGUUUUGUCUGAGAUGUACCGAGUGGGUGGUACCAUGUGUAGCACAAGUUAGCCUGGACACGUGGUUUGAGGAUGACCAAUCAGGCGCCCCUCCAGGUUUAACUAUGUUAAAUGUCAGAUUGCAAUAAACUAGAAGCUGUUGGUCGGGCCCGCGGAAAUGGGCGAGCAUAAUCUCCUUAAUCCAGGGUUUGUGGGACCUUUGGUAAACAUCCACACUGGAGACACAUUUUACUUUCCGAAUUUUAGAGCCUCAGGGGGACAACUGGCGGGGCUACCGUCGCUUUCAUACCCGAGAAGGGACAAUGUUUGCUCCCUCCCGUGGAAUCCUUCGGAGCCGUGCAAUGGAUACUCUCAAUCCUACUUUAGCAGCCCCGUGUCUAUUAACCCUUCUUUCAAUCGGUCGUGCGAAAUUAGCAGACCAGAAGAGGGUAAAUGUUAUUAUAACAACGGGAACAGGGAGACCUGUUCAGGUGGCAGCAGCCUCAAACGAGAGGAUAGGGCGAGAGACACAUCAUCAUUAACAUCUGACCACGGGAUGCACAGUGGAAUUGGCAGCACAGCCGCCUUCUCCAAAUAUGAUUAUGGGACCGAGCAGCUAACGCAAGACCCGCCAUCCUGUCAGUCACUGGAGUCCGACUCCAGCUCCUCUCUGCUCAACGAGGGCAGCAAGCCUCCAUCCAGCGAGACACAGACCCUGGUGUCACCGGGAAGCCAUUCAAGCAACAUAGCCGCAGGCGGAGGUGCCCCGUGGUACCCGAUGCACACUCGGACCAGAAAGAAACGUAAACCGUAUUCCAAACUUCAGCUGGCUGAGCUAGAGGGUGAAUUCAUGCUGAAUGAGUUCAUCACCAGGCAGAGGCGGAGGGAGCUCUCUGACCGUCUGAACCUCAGCGACCAACAAGUGAAGAUCUGGUUCCAGAACCGCAGGAUGAAGAAGAAGAGACUCAUGCUGAGGGAGCAAGCCUUGGCCUACUUUUAGAGAUGCGGCAGAAGGUGAAUCGAUGGGCUGUAAAAGCUAAGCGUUCUACGCUCCCUUAGGUCUUAUUUCAAUGCAUGCACUCAUCUAUCAAUCUUUUUGACAUUGCAGGCGAUUAUUAAAACAUUUUCUGAUAUGAUAUUUUUCCUUAAAGGUGCGGGCUGCACAAGCCCAAAACAAGCCACUAUCUGACAUUCAAAGCUAUGUCAGUAAGACUGCCUCCAUGUUUGGUAUAAUCGCACAAAAAGCUGUGAGAAUGUGUAUUUCUGUGUACGAUGCACAUCUUCGUUUUUCUUUAUUUGUCAAGAGACAUGUUAGCCACGCGAAAAAUGCUGUCGAUGCAAUAGCUCAGUUUGGUGACACAUAUUGACAACUUCCUUUUUGUUCCAUUUUUUUGUGAGAGAAUGUGAGGAGGGAGCGGGCCACUUGAUAAAAUCUCAAAAAUUAGGCCUAAAAAUAGCAGGGAGGUCAGAAAGAUAGAGAAGCCUGGUUUGAGCCGCAUCAACGCAAUAAAUUACCUUAGGCUAUGAACUUAUAAAGCAGAAUCUCACUCCGGAUUGCUUAAAACUUCCACAGACAUAAUUUGUUUACCCACUGUUUGUGGGCACGUUCACGGUCACGGACAGGAAGUCUGUGAGUCUGCAUGAGGAGAGGCAGGACUAAAACCGCAAUGUAAUCUAUAUCGAAAUCUUUAUGACUGCAUUAGGAAAAAAUGAAUUGCCAUGUCUUUGUUCGUGUGCUAACACGUUUCUAAAUGUAUUUUUCUUACUUGUAUUACCUUUCAACUUGUCUUUACAACAACCACAGAAUCCUGCGUGAGUUGCAUUUCUUUAGUUGAGUGAGAUCACCGUUUGAACACGGUUUUGAGCUGCUAUUAAAGUCCACGUCCAGAUCGUGCCCGUUAAAAAUAGUGUAUUCAACAAUAAACUCGCCAGGAUGUGUAAUGAAAAUAUUCACCAGUCUAAAUAGGCUACAUUUUUAGGUCAACUUGGUUAAACAAGACAGCCGUCUAAAGGGGGUGAUACGUUUUUAGGCCUGAAAGAGCAUUUUCUUAAACUUGGUGCUCAUAAAAAAAAAAUAUGUAGACAUUUAGAAAAGUUAAUCAUAGGCCUAUCUGUGUGCUCCCUUAAUUCAGUGCGACUGCAUCAUCUGUCAUGUAAAAUGAGUAAGCUAUAGCAGUGAAAUGUAUUUGCAGCAUGUUAUUGAUGUGAAAUUACUAUAAGUCAUGUUCUGCGGGCCACUUUUUCUGUAGGUGAUUUUUUUAUUUUUUUAACAAAUCAAAUGCGAACACAACCCUAAACCUUUUUGACACAAACAUCUACAAAGAAUGUAUUAUUAUUAUUAUUAUUAUUAUUAUUAUUAUUAUUAGUAGUAGUAGUAUUAUUAUUAGUAUUAUUAUUAUGGAAGGAUUGAAGGCCUAUAUGGCUACUUAAUGUACGUGCUCCUUGCAACGUGCUUAAUGUUUUCCCUUUCCUUACCUUGUACUCGUGUAUACCUUUUGUAAAAUUAAAUUACAUAUGUUACUAUUUGCAUCCUGUUUGAGGAUCUCUUAUUGCUAAUAGUGCGUUAUGUUAUUGAUCGUCUUGUACAAUAUAGCAUUCCAUAUAGCCUAUUUGUGGUUGUCAAGGAUGUAAGAAAUGGUAUUCAAGAAGUUUUGCCAUACAUGACAUUUAAAGAAAACCUGUUUCAGUGUAAUAGUUGUUUGUUAUCGUUUUUAUUUCGUCCCUCAUCGCAUUCCCUUCUUUGCGCUUGUAAGGAUUGCUACGUUGUCUUGUAAAAGUAAUACUGAUAUGAAUGUAUAUGCGUAAGGUCUUCAAUAAACAGAAUAUUGAAACGUU